AUGCUAGUGAUCGAUGACGUCACUGAGGCUAUCGUUUUAAUUGUGCGGGGCACUCUGUCAGGUGACGAUGUUCUGGUGGAUAUGGUGGCAGCCGGUGAGCCACUGCGAGACGAGGAUCACAACCUCCCGCCCAAAAAGCAAAUGAUUGGGCAUGGCGGAAUGUGUCGUACGGCGAGGAGCAUAGUUCAACACGUUCUGGAGGAGCAAAUGUUUGAGUCGGCUAAACGUCUUAGACCUCACUACCCUGUCGUUAUCUGUGGACAUAGUCUGGGUGCCGGUCUGGUUUCACUC